AAGGGAUCCACAUUUGACUGUGUACCAUUCUGAUAGAGUGUACAGUCGCUGAAAAGUUUUUGUCCGGUUAAUUCCCGUUCAAUUGAAAUUCCUUUUAUUAAUAAUGAAAUCGCUUUUAUUAGUGGGAAUCGUGCUAGCGAUCUUUUGUUCGAGCAGUAAUGCUGAUGAUAAAAAAGGCCCGAAAGUUACAGACAAGGUAUGGUUUGACAUUAACAUUGAUGGUAAGUAUGAAGGAAGAAUUGAAAUUGGACUGUUUGGAAAAACAGUUCCAAAGACUGUUCAAAACUUCAUAGAAUUGUCCAAAAAACCUCAAGGAGAUGGAUACAAGGGUAGUAAAUUCCAUAGAGUCAUUCGUGAAUUUAUGAUCCAAGGAGGAGAUUUUACAAAAGGAGAUGGAACUGGAGGACGCAGUAUUUAUGGACCUCGCUUUGAAGAUGAAAAUUUCAAAUUGAAACAUUAUGGUGCUGGAUGGUUGUCUAUGGCAAAUGCUGGAAAAGAUACUAAUGGUUCACAAUUCUUUAUUACUGUGAAGCAAACACCAUGGCUUGAUGGUAGACAUGUUGUAUUUGGAAAAAUAAUUAAGGGAAUGGAUAUAGUAAGAAAAAUUGAAAAUGUAAAUACUGAUACCAGAGAUAGACCAACAAAAGAUGUUGUAAUAGCUGAUUGUGGUGCAGAGGUGGUAGCAGAACCUUUCAGCGUAUCAAAGGAAAGUGCUACUGAUUAAACAUAUUUUUAUUUUUAUAAUGAUGAAGGCUAACCAUUUGUGACUGUCAUCUAUUAAAAGAACAAGCUUAUUUACUCUAAUAUGUUUAUAAUUUGUUUACCUAUAUU